AUGUUUAAAGGCUGCUGCUCGCCGGAUGUCGAGUCCGAGCCAUUGCUUAAGGUCGCCCAGCUUCCACCUGCAAGAGGAGACUUGCCUAGUGCAGUUUUGUCAGUGCACACAGCUUUCUGGCUGACGCCGAUUGUAGCUAUUUUGGUAUACAUUCUAGAAGUGGGCUUGACGUGGCGAGCUCUCGCAAUGGGUGUUGCUGCUAUGUCGAUCUUUGUUGCCCUUUUUGUGAUCGUGAUCCUUCUGGCCCCACAACUGGGCUGCUAUGCCUUGUCAUCAGCCUUGCAAGUCAGCCUUCUGCAGCAUCCGGGCUGCCCGCUUAGCCAGAUGGUUCUUCCUGCAAUCGGCAGUGCUCAAGGUAUGGAGCUCGACAACAACGCAUACUGCCAUCGACUGAGGGAUGCCCUCGGCAACAACUAUUGCUAUGCUGGCAUGGUGUCGAUAGGUGACUACCAGGUAGUUGAGGCGACGCUAAGAAGCGGACAGUCUCGAACGGCCCUUCUCGGGGCGCAGGCCUUGACCAAUCUGCCGAAAGUGGACCGUGACAUCUUCUUUUUGCAGAUGCCGAAUCUGGAUGUGAACUCCUUGCACGAGAGGUUCGUUGCAUGCUUCAAGCACUACAUGUUCAGUGAGGGGUUUGCAGAACGGAUGAAGUCCGAGAAGGCAGCACGGCUGUGGGCACAGCUGGCCGAGGACUACCGGCGAAUGCCGCAUGGGCCUGGUGAAGAGUUCCACAAAGCCUCAGACAAAGGUCUACGCGGCUUUUUCAUCAGAUAUUUCUUCUAUGUGAUGAUCGGCCUCGAUCCGGAAGACCCCGAAGUGAUGAGAACGCUUCUACCGCUUAUGCAGGGCGAUACUCCGAUUGGUUUCGCUUACUUGUGGCCAAUGGCGAGGUUGGGAUUUCUGAACGGCUAUAUCAGCGAGAUAGAUUCGAGGAUAUACAACAGCCCAGCCCUUUCAGACUUCACGGAAGGUGAAGAACGCUAUGGCAAGAUGUCGAAGCUGGAGCUGGCGAGGCUGUCAACCUGCAUCUUCAGAUUGGCAGCGAUCACUGGCACACUUCAGCUGGCCAAGUCCAUUACUGGCGGACUGAAGCUGCCGAACUACAAGGACAUGGACAAAAUUGACAUACCGUCACAGUGGGACAAGCUUGAUCUCAAGGACGAUAUUGCCUUGCAGAAUUUCUGCUACGAGGUUGCCCGCCUUUAUCCGCCGGUCAGCUCAGUCCAUCACAUUGCCACGGAGCCAUUCUCAAUUACCCUCCAAGGUACCGCAGUCGACUUUCCUGCUGGCACGCGGAUCUUGGUUCCAAUGAACAUUGCCAUGACGGACAAGGAAGUUUGGGGUGCGGAUGCCUUCGAGUUCAAUCCGAGCAGACCGGGGCUGCAGGAGCGGAACAUGGUCUUUGCAAACGUCGGGGCAACAGGCAGUCGAGUUUGCCCAGGAGCUGGAAUUGCCAUUGACACUUGUGCAAAAAUUCUCCGAGUGCUUGGUGAAGUUCGCCGCAGCCACAGACACAACUCUUGA